CUAGAAUUGCAUGCACAUGCUUUCCACCGAUGCAAUUAGAACUAAGUCUUUUCCGCGCAAUUGGAGUUAAGUCCUUCCGGCAGGCCAUUUUGACCAUUGUUUUUGGAGGGGGGCUAUUUUUGUCACAAACGUUGGUCGGGGGGACAUCGUCGCUCGUCCGUGCUCUCAAUUCUGCUGCGGGUCGACGGCCGCGGGGUUCCCCGAUGGCGGAGGACUCAGGCGCCAUCCUCCGCCACAUUUCCUCCCUCAAGGACAUGCUCGACAAGGUCAAUGAAGAGAUCGAACAGAAUAUCCAAAGGACCAGGGAAAUGGAGUCCGAAAUAGCGAAGCAUUCUUACACUGAAAAGGACUAUCUCGUGAAGGAGUCUGAACUGAUGAAAGGCGUAUCAGUUGCUGAGUUUGAACUUGAUGGGCUUAUGCAAGUGGCAGGUGCUGGAACAGAUUCACUUAAAGUGAUGGAAGGCAAUUUGGAAUUCCAGAAAGCUACUCUAAAUGAAAUUAGAAAACGAUUCUCUGAUAAAAUGGAAAGGUUCAUCGCUGACUCCAAGGGCUUCCAAGCUAACAUAUUUGGAGGUUCGAACGAUGAUUUGCACGUCCUGCUCAAGGAAAAAGAUUCACUAGAGGAUGAGAGUGAGAACUUGUGGUUGAAAAUCAACACUAUACAAAGUUCAUCAACGGCAUACAUUGUUGAGAUUCUGGAGGAGGUAAAUAUGGAGAAUUCAGUUUUGGAGUCUGAGUUACAGUACAAGAUUUCAGAAUAUGUGGAUGUUCUCAAGGAUAUAAACAACCUGAAGAUUCUAUUUAGUUCAAUCAAUUCUUAAGAAGGGCUGUCACCUUGCAGUAUGCUACUCUGGUCUGGCCAAAGGGGAAGCUAUCAAGAAUCUUUAUUACGCUCAAUGCAUAUAGCCUGUACACAUUCUUGUCUCAAGAAGGAGGCUGCACCAACUUCCGUACCAAUUUGCUGCACUAAACCAUGCAUGAUAUAGUGUUAGUUAUACGUAUGUACUGUAGGUUUUAAACUUAGGAAUUGUAGGGCAAUGACAGGAAUGCAGCUCGAAAGAAACAGCAAAGUCGAAGGAAUAAAAUGCUAAAAGCGCUUCUGAUGGAUUGUGAGGAACUGUUAAGAAUGGAAUAGUACAUGUUAGCGGAAAUUCAUUUGCCACUACAAAAGAAUGAAUGUGCGCUCCCUUGUAUGCCCAUGCAAACUACCUCCAUAUUUAUUCUGCACCAGAUUAUAUCCAGGAAUUCAUAAUUUACCACUGUUCAGGAUCA